GGGCAGGGGGUGGGGGGGCGAUGGGACCCUCCGGUGCCCCCCCCGGUGCUCUCCCCGGUGCUCCCCGUUGCAUAACGCGGGCGGCCGAGGUGCCCCGGGGGAUGGGGGGAGGGGGCGCACCGGGGUCAGGCUGCCCCCGGGUACCGGCGGGGGGGGUGUGUCCGCACCGGGGUCAGCCUUCAGUCGCCCCCGGUCCCCUUCCUCCGGGGCCGGGGUCCAACUUUGCCGGCACCUUAUGUAAGGCCGGGCCCGGCGGACUCGGGGGUUAUCGGGUGCCGAGGCUUGGGGAGGCGCUUUCGGGACAUUUCCCUGCGCUUGGGGUGGAUUUUAUGUGUUGGAAACAACGUCCCGGGCUCCCCCGGGCCCCUUUUUUUUUUGUGCUGUUUAUUCAUUUCUCUCCCCGGGGUGGGGGGGGUCACGGGUGCAGACCGCGUGGCUUCUGGCACCGCGUGGGAGUGGGGACCCCCCCCUUGUGCCGGCCGGUGACACGAGGCUGGGCCAGCCCGGGGCGAGCCCUUCCCCGGGGUGACCCCCCCCCAGCCCCCGGUACCGCGGGGGUCUCCUUUCCUCGCCCCGCUCCAUUGCGAGACCCCGCGGAGGGGCCGCGCCUCUCCCGCUCCGCUCCGCUGAUGAUCUGGGGGAGCCCGGGGGGUGGGGGGCGUGUUCCAGCCGUACCCCCCGCCCUGAGCUCGCCGGCAGGUCCCCGAGCGUGUCCCCCGGCUCUCGGUGGCCUUACCUCUCGCCACGGGUGCCAGAGAGGUGGCAGCGCUCGCCGGGAGUUUGGCUUUAGAAAAUCGAUAGAAUUAUUGAGGACUUAGGACCGGGGGAAGCGGGCGGCCGAGCAUACGGGGAGGGAGGGGGGGUGGUCGAGGCCCCACCGUGUGCUGACCCCCGGAGGGUCCCGGGCUCCCUGGCGGGGUCCGUGCCAUGAGCCCGGGACCCCCGGGAUGAACCCAAAGCCAUCAGGGCCGGGGGCCGUGGGCAGCUCUGGCUGCACAACACGGCGCUGGUUAUUUUUAAGCGGUUGAUGAUGCAGUUUAAAAUUUCCUUGGAGUGUUCCCCCCACACACACACACACACGCACACUCCCCUCCCGGCCUUGCUGCAAAAGGGCACCGGGGCUGCCUGGAAACCCCAAAUUGAGCGGAAAAAAAGGGAGGAAUGGGGCGAUGGGCUUUAAAGGCCGAGGAUCCCCCCCGUCCCCCCCCAUCCCCUCCUCCUUUGCCCUCCCGGAUUUGAAUAACUUUUGUUUGGUUUGUCGGGUUCUGGCGGGCAGGCCGGGAGGGGGUUGGGAGCCGCUCGGAUUUGGCACUGGCCUCCCAACGCGCAUUUGAAAGCGGCUUUGCGAGGAGGAGCCAGAGGGAUCCCUGGGAGCCCGGCGCCUGCUUCCAGCACCGCCUGCCUUCCCUCCGGGGGAAAGCGAUGCUCCCCCGGCCCCCAGCCCGGGCCCGCUGCCCCAUCCUCCUCCAGCCAUCCAAAAGCCGCCGGCUCGGGUGCCGUUCCGGGGUGAUGCCAGCCAGGUCCUCGCUGCCAGCCUUGACCUGCAGCGGGGAAACUGAGGCAGCGAGGGGGCUGCUCCCAGCCCCCAUGGCCAGUGCAGGGCAGGCUGCAUCAGCCGUGCUCCGUGGAGCAGUUGCAAAGGUGAAGAGCAGAGGUUGGGGGCAGAGUCCAGAGCGGGGGGUACGUGCCCGUCCCUCCCCUGCCACGCUCCAGAGCUUCCCCUCCCGGGGGACCUGUCCCAGCCCAUUUUCAGAGCCCCCCCCAGCCCCCGGGUGCAAUCCCUGGGCAAGGCCGGGCUGUGACACCAGUGCCAUUCGCCGGAGCUGGCGUGGGGACAGAAAUGGGCACCGUGGACUUUACCCUGGCGCUGCAGCCCUGCCACUGCCCAGCGAGCGACGGGGACGGACAGACAGACAGACACGGGCCGUGACGGUGCCGCUGGGCCCCCCCCCCCCCCCCCCCGUGGGGCAGCGCAGGGUUUUUGGGAGGGUUUGCAGCCGUCUGCACUAUCGCUGUCACCCCAGCGGGGUGUCACCCGCCUGCCCCGUGUCCCCGCAGCCCGGUCCCCGCCUGGCCCUGCCGAUAGAGCCGCUGGGUCCCCUUGGGGUGCAGGAGGGGGUGAUAAAGGGCUGGUGCUGGCAGGGGUGGGCUGUGCAGGGGGUCCCACUGGCAGGGGGAUCCCAGCUGUCCCCUGCAGCCCCUCAGUUCCACAGUGCCGCAGGGCAGCCAUCGCUGGAGCUGCUGCCCGUGCCUCUUCCCCCUUUCCUUGGGGAAGGAGAUUUGGAAACUUGCUGGGGGAUCUCCGUCGGGGCCCUGGCGCUGCCGGGGGCGGUGGGGUGGCUCUCCAAGCCUGGUGGGGAAGGGUCUGGGUUCCAUGUCCCUGCCUGAGGGGCCCUAGGGCUGAUGGGGACUUUGGCACUUUGUCCCAGGAGUGACCUGCAGGAACGUGG